GCUGUACGAGCAGCCGGUGGCGUUCGUCGCCACGGAAACAGUCUGUCUCUGUACUGCUUCUUCUACCUUCGUUCUUUCUCCCACUGUCGUCUAAAGUGAGAGAGAGCUGCAACAACACCCUUUUCCUAGGCCAAGGCCUCCACACACGUCGCGUCCAGCACGAGCUCAUCGUCUCGGCACCCGGAGCAUAUAUACUCGUACCACUAAGCCAGUUAAGCUUCCUCCUCGGUGCACCUCCAAUCCAGAUAGUCUUGUCUAGUCUAGUCUAGUGCAAACAAAGAAAACAUUUAGAGGUAGCCAGGAAGUCGAGUGACAAGCAAGAAUGUGCUUCGAGUUCAGCUCCUGUUUCGGCGGCGGCAUAAAGGACGACUACGGCGGCGAGCGGUCCAACCAUGGCGGCUGUGGCGGUCGCCGCCGCGGCCGCGGCCGCAGGGGGGACCGUGGGAACGACGCCUCCUACUACGGCGAAGCCGACUACAAACCGGCGCGGGCAUACGACCACCAGCCGGCCGUCGACGAGGCGGGUCGCAAGGCCCACCAUGAUGGCGGGCGGAAAGCUGACCACGCCGCCCUGGUCGCCGGCGCCGGUGGCCACGGCUAUUACGACGCCUACGCGCCAGACAAGGCUCACGAGACGCCGAAGCUUCCUGCGAGGCACAACAAGGUCGUCGACGACGCCGGCUACGCCUACAACACGGCGCGCUUCCGCCAGCAGGCUGCUCCUGACCAUAGGGAGCACGCCGCGGUGGAUUACCAGCACUACCCAAGCACUACUACCACUCUCGUAAGGUACUAGGUACUAGUCGUUAGGAUUAGCUAGCAUGGGAGCUUAUCAAUCCCACCCUCCCCCGAAACACUGCCUCUGCUUCUGUUCUGUUCGGUAGCUCUGCUUUUCUACUCUGCUUUUCCUUUCUCCUGUGCUGUGGAUUUUGAUCAGAGCCUCCACGUAUUUGUCGAUGGAUGAGCGGCACAGGUUCCAGCUCCAGGAAGCUUUUACCACUCUGUUUGUGUAGUUGCUUCUUUUUACUUUAGUUGCAGCUGCUUUCUUCUUGUAUCAUAAAUCAAGUGAAAGAAAGCA